ACAUGGAGGUACUUUGAAGUUUUGGACUUGACAUCUCCCGAAGUUGGACAGAUUGAGGUUUUGUGAGGCCGUGACUAUACCGUGGACGCAGCAUCCCAGUGUUACUUAGUAAUCGCGGCAUGUGAUUUGGCGGCAGACGCUCGGACCUAUGACGGAGUUCGCGAUGGUGAACUCGACGAUUUGUCACGACGUUCAGGUCGUCGCGUUAACCACCACACAGAGUCCCGUAAGCAAGCUUAUACCGCGAUAAUGGCACCGUCAAGAGCCGUCCUUCUUCGCCGCAUAGCCUCCGCAGCCGCAACACCAUGCUUACGACCGACGUCGCGUCUACUCGCCACAUCUUCAUAUGCCUUAUGUAGAACACAACAGUCAUCACCUCUACGUUCGGGCCUGUUGCAGCAGUCAAGGUUCCCCACAUUGUGCACACGAUUAUAUUCGCAGUCAGCCAGCGCAGCGCCUGAAGCACCGGAUUACCUCAACGAGGCAGAAUUGCACGUCUUCAAUAAAAUAAAAUCGGAGUUGGAGCCCGUGAAACUGGAGGUCCAAGACAUCAGCGGCGGCUGUGGGUCCAUGUACGCGAUCCAGGUCGAAUCCCCCAAGUUCAAAGGCUUGACGGUCAUCAAGCAACACAAACUGGUCAACGAGGUGUUAAAGGAUGAAAUCAAGAGCUGGCACGGCGUGCAGCUACGGACAAAGGCUGCUUGAGCGCAGCUUGAUUAUAACUCGUGUAUAUACUGUACGACUAAUGUAUACUUGGUAGGUAUGAAAUGAACUUUUAUCGACUUGAGACUGGC